GGCAGAUCUGUAGCGAGAGCAGCAGCACAGCUGCAAACAGAUCUGCAGUCACAAACAUGAAGAGCUUUAAAAUCCUGCUGCUCAUCGGUCUGCUUCUGACGGGUGUGACCUGUAGAAAGGACUUGGCGUUUGUGUACAGCAGACUUGGAGGUGAAACCCUCCUGCCGUGCUCCACAAACUCCACAGACUGCUCCUCCAUCUUCUGGACCUUCUACAGAGGAGGCCGCUUCGCCCAGGAGGUCAGCCGGGGGCGGGUGAACGCAGGGUCGGACAAAUUCAGCCGCCUGUCCGUGGCCUCCAACUGCUCCCUCGGCAUCAAUGGGCUCAAGGCGAGCGACGCCGGCUCCUACGUCUGCAUGCAGGACAGCGACCCCGUCAGCGACGUUUACCUCUCCCUCCUCUCCAUCGCUUCACGGUCCACCAUCACUGACCUGCAGCCCGGGGGAGACCUGGUCCUGAGCUGCGUCCUGUUCACCUACUUCGAUGCUGGGAGCUGCAGGUCGUACUCCAGCGGCUUCACCUUGCACUGGCUCACUGAGAACGGGACCAAGCUCUCCAACAGCAGCAGGAUCGAGGUGAUUGACACUCGCUGCAACGUCACGGUUACUGUUAAACUCCAGGAGGAAGACAACAACAGGAAGUGGACGUGUCAGUGUCCACAGCCUCCAGUCACAGUGUGUCCCGUCCAGCUGCCCAUCAGCCGCAUCGUGGUCUGCGCGGCUCUGCCGCUCAUGGUGAUCGUAGUGGGACUCUUCACGUGGAGGUUAGACCACAGGAGGCCCAAGAUGCGUGCGGUUUCUAUCGAGCUGCAGCAGAUGAAGUGACUGUUUGUCCCUGUACCUGCUCCUGGUCCUGAUUUUAAUCCCCCCAACAUCCUCAUGGGUUUACAGAUGCUGUCAAAAUGUUACAGAUGCAAAACAUUUUACUCAUGAAGAUGUGUUUUUGGAAGUGCAUGGGCUGAAUUACUGAGUUUACUGGUGCUUUGCUUAAAAAUAAAUAAAUAAAUAACCAAAAACUUUAAAUUUAAGAAACUCCAAACAACCUUCGGAGACAAGUGAAUAAACUUUAAAGGUAAAAAUUGGACAAAACUUGUCCAGAAUUGUGUCUUUUCGUUUUUUUGGUUGCAGGAUUUACCAGGCAACAAAAUGUUUUAAAUAAUUUGGAUUGAACAGAGAAGGAGUUGUUUCUGAGGAAGCUCAAUGUGCAGACACAUAAGAGGAAAGGAAAGAGCAAAGUGCAGACAUAACAAUGAACAACUUCUUCUUACUGUGCUUUAUUUAUUAAAAAUGAUUAUUAAGCAUACCGUGCCAACUUAGAUUUCAUAAGCAGCAAAAAGGAAAUGGAAGAAAAAAGGACUUAUAGAAUUGCUCAUAUUACCAGAGUGGAUUAUUAAAACUGUAAAUGAUAACUCAAAAUAAAUCUUCAUAUUUUCACUUUGA